AUGAUCUCCAAUAUCGCCAUCUUGAUAUCAACAAUUACCAUAACAGUACAAGGAGCAACAAUGGAAUGGUGUGAUUAUUGGAGACUGAGAGGAGUGUCUCGUUCUGAAUGUAUACCACUUCAGUGGAGUAUACAAAAGAAUUAUCAGCAUCGACAACCAAUUGAAUCCCAUGCUGCGUCAAUUCCCUUAUGUCAUGUUGUAACAAGAGUAUCCCAAUGUGCAAAGACGGGUUUCUGUGCUUCGGGUUUGUUGUGUUGGGUGGGUGGACAACCGUGUUGCGCCAAUCAGAAAUUGCAGAAUCGGCAAGUGGGUGCUCCAGGUUUAAUGAAUGGUGGACAAUGUCCGGCGCCUGAUGAUCUCAAUGUAGUAUGCCGGCAAAAAACAACAGUAAGUUGGUGCAAUCUUGACCGGGACUGCCACAUGACGAGCACAAUGCACAAAUGCUGUCCAACUCCGUGUGGAUAUAAUAUGUGUGUCCCAUCAAGACAACCCGUUGAUUUAAUAACGAGAAUGUCAUCAUUGAGCAUCGUUCCAACGCAAUGCCCACCAUUGGAUGAAGUUCCAAUUUGGUGUCGAAAUCCAUCAAAUAGUGGAACCUCAUGGUGCAAUUCCCACAAUGAGUGUCGUCAAACAUCUAUGCACACUCGGCUUUGCUGUCCGACAAGAUGUGGUUACAAUGUUUGUCUCCUCAAGCUUCCCAACAAGUUCAUCAUCGCC